GUCUGAAAUUCAUGGUUUAAAAACUGAUCCCAACAAACAGCAAGCCAGCAUAGAAGAAUUGUCCUGGAGGACGACGGCACAGGACACAGAGACUUGGGCAAAGAACAGGGAAUAAUGGAGAGGGCUGUUCUCAUGAUCAGUCUGUUCUUUUGGGGUAUUGCCAACACAGAAGCUGCGGUAACUUGUAAAAACCAGAAGAAUGAUGAUGUAGACUGGUAUAUUCUAUACAAGGCACCCAGAGUCAGAAAUGUUAAAGACAAGAGGAUAGUUGGAACUGGUUUGGAAUAUCGCUACAUUGAUUCAAGUGGGAGUGCUGUUGUGGACGGUACCGUGAUUAACGACGCUGAUGGUAUCCUGGCAAACACACUGCGGCCCCUUUUUACACCCAUUAGAAAAAUGUCAAGCAAUAUUGGAUUCAUCAGUUACAGCGACCAACCUCCAGGAUGUAGCGCAAAGGACACGUUUGGCCACAGCAAAGGGGUCCUGGUGGUGGACAAAACCAGCACUGGUGUGUGGCUCUUGCACAGCACUCCACAAUUUCCUUAUAGAAGAGAUCAAAAUCAUUUCUGGCCCCCCAGUGGGCAUGAAAAUGCCCAGACAUUCAUCUGUGUGACAUUCAAAUACGACAUGUUCAAGAAAAUAGGUGAACAUCUGCAGUAUAUUAGAGCUUUUCCAUUUGAACAUGACAUUCCAGAGGAGUUUCAUCAAGAACUUAAAGAUGCUGUGAAUUGGGAAGUAAAAACAGCACCCAAUAAUUUUGUUGUCAUGACAUCAGAUGGAGGAAGAAACUUUCAUGCCGCUGCUAAAUCCCGGUUUGAUGGAGACACAGCUAAAGAUGGUGAUCUGUACGUUGCCAUUGCACAACUACUUGGUAGUGAUCUUGACGUCCACACUUGGCGCUGUGAAGAAGACCCAGACGGCCCCUAUUGUGGAGGCCUCCAUAAAGUCCUGAAUAUCCAAACUGUCAUAAGUCCCGGGGGCAGCUGGGAAGGCCCGGAUCACUCAAAGUGGUGUGUGGCCGAAACUGACUGGGCCUGCAUCGGAGACCUCAACAGAGCCCACACACAGUACAAGAGGCCUGGGGGUGCUCUGUGCAUUCAAAAUCAAGAUGUAAACACGUUUUUCCGUGCAUUUGUUGGUAAAACUUCGGACUGCAAUGAUGACUUUACGAAUGUGGACUGCAACCGCAAGAGAAAAGGUCUAUGUCUUGUUGAAGACAUUGGUACAUUUAUUGGUUAAUACAUUUUCAGUGACCCCUCACCUCAUUCUUUCCCCUCUGGUCUUGUUAAUUGGUUAAAUGGUCUUGUUAAUCUCACCUGUGACCCAUAUUGAUCCAUCUCUGACCAUCCCCCUGCUUUCCUUUUACAACUCGACCACUGCAUUUUGGAGAUCAUGUUGCAGCGUGCACAGAUAGGGGUGAGAUGAUGCUGCAGCACUUGCCCCUUUGCAAAAAAAUGCCUUUUUGAAAGUUCUUUUUUUUUUUUUUACAUGGUCAUCUACAAAUGCUUGACAAUAAAAUGUAUGUGAUAAUAA